AUGGCUGUGUGGGAAACUGAUGAUGAGACCGACGGGCCGAUCUUGCCUGUGACAGCGGCACUACCGACGCCGGCAGACACGCCAUACCGAACACGAUCGCGACCGCCAUCACGAACUCCAUCACGAACCUCAAAGAAGUCGCGUCGAUCUACCACCCCACCACGGCCUGCCACAUCGCCGCCCCCGAUACCCGGAACGGACAAGACAGACAAGACGGACAAGAGCUCCAAAAGGUCUUCAAGGGACCUGGCUUUCGACGACACCAUCAGCAUUCUCGACCCUCGCCGAUUCACGCCAACUCUGCACGCCAACCUCGUCUCUGAGAUUCUUUCUCUUCGUCGCGAUCAGGAGGAGAAAGUCAAGAUCAUCGAGAGCCUGGAGGCUGCCUUGCAGACAUCAAGAGAGGAGCAGGAUGCACUUCAAGAUGCCGUCGCUACAACUUCUAAGGAGAACCGGCAGGUUAAGCGUCAGCUGGCGCUGCUGGAAGGCGGCACGUCCACUGCUCUGAGUGAACUCACCCGCGAACGGGACGAGGCUGCAGAAACAAUCAACGAAACAAAGAAGAGGCUCGAGGCAACACAGAAGCGGCUUCGACACUGCGAAGAAGACUCGGAGCAGACGCAUAAGCAAUGGGCCCGGGAAAAGGACGCCUGGGAUGAAGAGAGACGAAAGCUGGAACGGAAAGUACACGUCGCCGACACUCGGCUAAAGGCGGUCAUCGACGAGGUUGCUGCCUUCCAGGCGGCCGAGAUGAACGCGACCAAUGGCAACAACAGCACCGAGAGCGAGGCCGAAGAGAUGGCGGCCGGCAAGGAAGCUGACAGUGCAAGCGUGCGAACCAUGAGCCCUACAAGCAGCAUUCGCUUCUCUGUCAUGUCGGGAAAGCUGAACAGCCAUUCGCUCGCCGACGAGUUAAAUUUUGACGGAGACGACGACUACGAAACCGAUACUGGCCGCGAGAGCGUGCUGUCAAACCACUUCCACGUUCGCAAUCCCAGCCGAGACAGCCUUCUGAACCGGGCGCAUCGCCGCAACCAGAGCAACGACAGUGUCCGCAGACCGGGAAGCGUGGUGCGUGGCCGUUUCCUGAACCAGUCCGUGUUGGAGCGGCUAGAGGGUGUCAUAAUCCGUGAGGUCGAGGAAGAGCAGCAAAUUCCGGUCGCAGAAGUGCCCGUUGUGCCUGUGGUACCAAAGGUCGAAUACACGGACUCGGCUGUGCAAUACUCGCCGCCUCCUUCACCCAAGCUACUUCCCCAAACCCUCCUGACUAUAGGGCCUAUAUCGGAGGUCUCCGUGGAACCGUCGGUAGAAAUUCCCGUGGCCCAGACACCACCACCGAUCCCAAGCCGUGCGGAUCGGAUAUCGCUCAGCGAUGCCACGUUCGAGAUGCCGACUCGUGGCGAGUGGGUCGAGAUCGAAGCCAACCAGCGGCGCAAGAGGGUGCACAUAGCACGGACAUUGACUAUUGAGCCUGUGACGAUGAGCAGCAGCCUGAUGGUUUCUGUCGGAUCGCAGACAAGUACAGAAAUGCCUCUCACGCCGCCCAAAACACCAAAGUCCCCCCCGUUCGAGAGGGGACACUCGAAGACCCGGACAUCACCAGGCUCUCCUGCCGAGUCUCUCAAACCGGCACAGGCGGUUCUCGUAUCCGCCUCGACGCAGACAGAUCCGCCGUCGCCUCCAGCAACACCGCUGGCCACGCUGUCUCCGAUGGGUCUGGUUCCGCUGGGACAGAUGCCUAUCCCGAUCAUCAGUAUACACCCGCCAACAAGCCGGCCGACGACACCGCACGAGCCGCUUCUUCCUCCGCUGUUCAAAGACUUUGGCUGCCAGGUGCAGCUUGCAGCGCCUUCGUCGUACACGUCGACGUCUGUGCAGACAGAUGAGAUCCGAGUGGACAAGCGGCUCGACCGUCUUCCCGCACAUCUCCACCCGUCGGCCAUCACGUCGCGGCCGUCUUCGCCGGGCGCAUUUAUUGUCGAUCCGGCAGCAGCUGCGGUAGAUGACCUGAGCAGUCCCAACCCGCCAGCUCCUGGCUACGUGCCACCGCGAAACCCCAAACGGUUAACGGCCCGCAUCAGCAUGGGCAACGAGCCUUCGUCUCCGCCAACGCAGAUCCCGUUGUCGCCCAUCUCCCUGGAGACACACGAUGCCUACCCCGGGAACAACGAUGAUGGGCCGCUGUCCAACCAAAGGGCACCGAUGCGUCGGCCCCACCGUAUCAGCAGUCUGUUUGCAGGGUUCGACGCGAUCAGCUCGGACGAAGCAGAUGAGUUUAUGGACGGCGACCUGAGUGACUUGGAGUUCCAGACGGCGCUGUCAGCACCGAAACCACAAUCGGGAAGCAGCUCAACGCGCACGAACGUUAAGCGGAGCGGCGGUCUGGCCAGCGACACGACAUCCCCUGAACAGCCCGUCCCGCUUCCACGGCGCAGCUCUUCUCGAAACACGACGCGGUCCAGCAUGAUGGGCAUUGGUAGUGCGGAAACGUACGGCAGAUUGCCACUGCGCGAAGCGAACCAGGACAGCCGUGAUCCCGUGCUGAUGCGGAGACAGUCCAUCAAGGGCUCACGGCUGUCGUAUGACAAGCCAAGCAGCCGGUCGAACGGGAUGCGGAAGGCGGCGAUGAUCCAGAGCGGCAUCGCUACACACCAGGGCCGGUCACGCAGUCCGAGUGUGACCGAGGUUGCCGACCCUCCGUUUCCGAUUCCGACGCGAGCAAGCUCCCGGAAGCCUCCUGUCAGUGUCAGUGCGCCGAGCGACGGCCAGCGCAGUCCGACACGGGAGGCCUGGGCGCCGCGACGGACUAAUAGCCGCGGCGGCAACUACCGUGCCAACAGCAUCCGCAAAGUGCGGUCGGCUGCGGCAAUCCCGGUCAAGCCACGGCACGGGCGGCGUGCAAGUCGGUCACCGCCGCGUCACGUGCCCUUUUCGGCCGACGACGAGGAGCCCGAGAGCCCUGGCCUGCCGCCGCUGCCGAACAACGACUUCACGGCGACGUCUCGGGCGCAUUACCGCUCGCACCGGCACCAGAUGUCGACAACCACAACGACGACAGACGUGACGGGCAGCAGCGGUAACCAGACGACGGGUGUGGUGGAUGCGAUUGCGCAGACGAUGGUGGGCGAGUGGAUGUACAAGUAUGUGCGGCGGCGGAAGUCGUUUGGUGGUGCGGACGUGUCGAACCGCGACGACAGCAGCAAUGACCGGCACAAGCGGUGGGUAUGGCUGGCGCCAUACGAGAGGGCGAUUCUGUGGAGCAGCAAGCAGCCGUCGAACAACAGCAUGCUGAUGGGCAAGUCCGGACGCAAACUGACGAUCCAGUCGGUUCUCGACGUCAAGGACGACAACGCGCCGCCCAAGGGCUGUGCCCAGCUGUUCAACCGGUCGAUCCUGAUCCUGACGCCCCAGCGAGCGCUCAAGUUUACGGCCACAACGCCUGAGCGGCACUACCUCUGGCUGACAUCGCUGUCGUUCCUGGCCCACUCACAGCAGGCGGUGCCGGAGAACAUUGCGAUGCCACUGCCCAAGACAGCGCCAGACUUUGAACUUCCGCGGCCCAAACGGCGAAACGGGAUCCGAGACUCGAUCCGGCUGACCAAGAGCAAGGGUGCGCUGGUGCAAUCGAGCCUCGCGGGGGCUUCGAUCGCAGUGCCGGCAUUGCCACCACCACCACCACCGAUGAGCGUGGCGUCUUCGCAGACAGAUUCGAUGCCACCCAGCAUCCCGAGUUACCGGCCGGCUGAGUCGACGGUGUCAGCGCCGUCAGUGGCGCCGUCGAUUUCGACGCACCAGCGCGACAUCUCGCGAGACACGGCCGAGCCGCCAGUGAUUGCACGGUACCACGACCGGUCCAACAACACGGCGAUGGUUCACGGACGCAAGCGCAGCAACACGGGCGGUCACGUGCCACCACCACUGUCGUUCCGGGGCUUUUCGGGUCCGGCAGGGAGCAGUAGUAGCUACCACCAGUCGACGAACAGCACGGCCGGACAGUCGGACAUCUCGCAGUCGCAGGCAUCGACCAACGUGACCUGGGGCAUGGUCAACGGGGCAACGGCGUUGAGCUCUCAGCGUACGUCGGAGGCAUCGUCACGGCCGAGCGGGCCGGUGAUGAACAACUUCUUCGACGCCAUCGGGACAGUGCGCAUGGAGGCAUUCAUCAGCCCGCUGGCGAUGCCACAAUUUGACGAGUAUCCGGGCGAGCAGGAAGAGGUGCUGUACCGGGCACGGCGGCGCAGCAAGGACAAGCGGCGGCGUGCGAGCCGAAGCCGUCAUCGUGACAGCUACACGUCGCGGGGAACUCGUGGCACCGACGACUUAUAUGCCGGCAGUCGUACAGGUGGUGAUGAGGAUUAUUUCCGCGACGACCCCUUCAGAGGGUUCUAA